UCCUAAACCCAUAGGUCGGACGAGGCGACGCCGCGGCUGGAUCAGAAGGAGGCGGUGUCUCGAGUGCCCGAGCUGAGCGUCCUGACGGAGGCAGACGACACCACCUCGGACGCCGUCAGGAAAAUGUUCUUCCUGUCGGUGGCGUUCGCGGCCAACAUCGGCGGCACGGGCUCGCCCCUCGGCUGCGGCCCCAACCUCGUCGUCAUGGGCAUCCUCCAAAGCACCUUCAGCGAACCGACGGAGCUAAAUUUCGCCACCUGGAUGCUCUUUAACGUUCCCGGGAUGAUCCUCAACAUGGUGCUUGGAUGGUGCUGGCUUCAGAUUCUCUACAUGUUUUGUGGUCGCAACCGGAUACAGACGCACAGCCGGGAGCGCGACCGGGCCAUGAAGAAGUUCCUUCAGGAGCACUACGACUCCCUCGGGCGAAUUACUCAGCACGAGAUCGUGGUGCUCGUCCUCUUCAGCACACUCGUCUUCCUGUGGGUAUUUCGGGCUCCGGGUUUCGUCACCGGCUGGGCGCAGUUCUUCACAGACAGCUUCGACGAAAAAGUAGUGGUGAGGGACGCCACGCCUGUCAUGUUUAUGGUGUUCCUCUUGUUCUGCAUCCCGGCACGGACGUCGUGGACUUGCUGCUCAAGCGGUGACAAAGCCAGCGAGACCCGAGACCGCCACGAGACUUGCCUGACGUGGGAGGUGGUGCACGCGAAGGUCCCCUGGGGCGUCAUCCUGCUCCUCGGAGGUGGUUUCGCCGUCGCCGAGGCCGCCAAAGUGUCCGGACUGUCGUUGUGGCUCGGGCAUCAGCUUCAAUACUUCGCUGUGAUGCCCAAAGAGCUAAUAGUAUUUGUAGUUUGCCUCAUAACAGCCAUGCUCACCGAAGUGGCGUCGAACACAGCCACCGCCUCCGUCCUUCUGCCUGUCAUAAAAGACCUGGCACUUGGUAUAAACGUGAACCCGCUGUACCUGAUGCUUCCCGCUGCUGUAUGCUGUGCCUAUGCCUUCAUGCUGCCUGUCGCCACACCGGGCAACGCCAUCAUCCUCACUGCAGCCCGCAUGAAUACUUUAGAAAUGAUGCGCGCCGGGGCGGUGAUGAACCUCGUGUGCGUCCUGGUCAUCACCUUCAUGAUCAACACCCUGGGAGUCGUGAUCUUUGACCUGCACACCAUGCCGGCCUGGGUCAACUCCACAGUCACGGUCGUUCGCUGACCCCCGACCUCCGUGACCUUAGGCGGACCAGAGAGAGUUCAUCAUUGAUUCUCUCCAAUUGCAACAUGUAGUGAUAUUGUUAGCUUCGAGUGCAUUCGUUCGUAAGGGAGUGUGAGUCCCGGAUGAAUUGUAAAUAAGUAGCUUAAUUCGCCGGUUGGGCUGAAGGCACUCGCUUCGUUACAGGGGAAAAUUUGGGAUUAGUCCAGCACUUGCUUUCUGAAAAGUUGGACAGCGGGGAAUUAUAAAUGGAAUUUAAGAGAAUUUUUAAAUCAUGAUUUUAAUUGGUGCUAGGGAUAAAAGGAAGGAUGAAGGAUUUAUGGCGGCCGACAGAAGGAAUCCAUGUUAACCAUAUCACAAAGGAAGAUUCACACGGACAGGAACAUAGAUGUUUAUACAGACACAUACGCAGAUUCACACACAGCCACACACACACAGCCACACACACACAGCCACACACACAGCACACACAGCACAUAACACAU